AUGAAGAAAAAGGAUUCAGAGAGUGCCAGUCAAGGGGUUGUCCCAGUCACGCUGACCAGGUCAGGAGGAGGUGGGCUGGGGACAGUGGCAGGCCCAGGGGUGGGGGCAUGGCCAUGGGGGGGCCGCAUCCCGUCCUCCACCCUUCACCGGGACAGGCGCUGGGGCUGGGGGUUCUGGGGCGGGGUUCCGUUCAGGGGAGCUCCCAGACUCUCCGAGCUGAGGCCCUGGCUGAGCGGAGGGGCGGCCGGGGCGGCAGGAGGCGGAGGUAGUAGCGGGGAAGGAGGAGGAGGAGGAGGAGGAGCUGAGAAAGGAGGCAGGGUGAGAUGUUCCCGCAGAGUCUGGGUUCUCCUGGCCUCGCUGGUUCUCGUCUUCCUCACCUCGCUCUUCUUCUCCGUCUCGCUCCGGGGAGGCUACGGCUUCAACUACCUGGAGCCCCCCGGUUGGGAGGAGUCGCGGCGGGUGAAGCUGGUGCCCAGCUACGUAGGCGCACACAGGCUGUCACCACCUGACACGCAGCAACAGAAGACGUGCGCCUGCUCUCGCUGCAUCGGAGACCCCGGAGUUUCUGAUUGGUUCGAUGAGAACUACGACCCAGAUAUCUCACCCGUUUGGACGAGGGACAACAUGCAGCUGCCCUCUGAUGUCUACUACUGGUGGGUGAUGUUACAGCCCCAGUUUAAACCCCACAGCAUCCAGCAGGUGCUGCUGAGGUUGUUCCAGGUGAUUCCCGGAAGGUCGCCGUAUGGCUCGUGGGAUCCGGGACGCUGCCUGCGCUGCGCCGUGGUGGGGAACUCCGGUAACCUCCGCGGGGCCGGAUAUGGGGCGACCAUUGACGGACACAACUACAUCAUGAGGAUUAACCUGGCCCCCACGGUGGGCUACGAGGAAGACGCCGGCAGCCGCACCACUCACCACUUCAUGUACCCGGAGAGCGCCAAGAACCUGGCGGCCAACGUCAGCUUCGUCCUGGUUCCCUUUAAAACGCUGGAUCUCGUCUGGAUCACCAGCGCUCUUUCCACGGGCCAGAUUCGAUUUACCUACGCUCCAGUGAAGCAGUUUCUCCGUGUGGAUAAAGACAAGGUCCAAAUCUUCAACCCAGCAUUCUUUAAGUACAUCCACGAUCGCUGGACCAGACAUCAUGGGCGUUACCCCUCCACUGGCAUGCUAGUGCUGUUCUUUGCCCUCCAUGUUUGUGAUGAGGUCAAUGUGUUUGGAUUUGGGGCGGACAGCCGGGGAAACUGGCACCAUUACUGGGAGCAGAACCGCUACUCCGGAGAGUUCAGGAAAACCGGCGUCCACGAUGCUGACUUCGAAGCCCAGAUCAUUCAACAGCUGGCCAAGGCCGGCAAAAUCACCAUAUUCCCUGGGAAAUAA